AUGGCCUUUCUCGCGAAGCUACUACUCGUUUCUCUUCUGUCGAUUGGAUUCACCGAGACGUCAGCUCAAGUUGGUAUAUUCGGUAAUGUAACUCUCGCAGGUGUUAUUACUUGUCCUAAUGAUUCCCUCGCCACUCUCAGAAUCUUUCGUAUAAUCCCGGAAGCAAAAGUUGAUGUCGUUUGCGGAAUCUUGUUUUUCCAACGAACGGUGAAAUCGACUACAACGAAUCUCAUAGGAGUGUAUUCCUUCUCCUUCAGUUUUUCGGAUAUAUUGUUGAAUAAUCCGGAAUUGUGCUAUCUAAAUGUCACGCUACCGUCAAACUCGUGCACCUUUGAUCCACCUGGCGGUGCGAUUAGGUUCCCUAUCGUUGGAAUUCGAUCGGUUUUAGGUACUGUCAGUACCUAUAUUCCUGGCGCUCCGAGCUAUUUGCCCGUGUGA